GACUGGAUAAAAUAGGUGUUUACAAACGAGCACGUUUGGUUGUGGAAAUUCUGAGAGGAAAAAAAAAUUGAGGGACUAAAGUCAAAGAAUAAGCAUUCAUUGAGCCAAAAGAAAUGUGGAAAAUAUUUUUCACCCUUCUGUUUUGUCUAAUUAAUGUUUAAAAUGCAAACAAAGUGAGAGUCACUUUUAAAAUGCCUUCUAUAGGUAGGAUCCAGCAGUUUGGCAAAGCCCACAGUUAUAAUAACCACAGAAAACUAGCGUUGCUGUAAAAUGGCCAUAUGCUGUUGAAACUAUGUUACCCUGUGCUCUUCCUAGACAGUAGCACGCUCAUGCUUCCCACUUCUAGCUGAUCGUUAUUUUUCUUGAUGUACAGAAGUAAUUUCACCAAAUGUCAUCCAGAACAGUAGGGCCAGUUGGUUCUCAUUCUUUAUGCUGCAAAGACCUGAAUAAUGUUUGGUAACUGUAGAAAAAAUGUAAGUUACACUCAGGAUCACUGCUAUUGCUGUUGCCACUGAUUGUUACAAAAAACUAUAAUCGAAGUUUUCCAUCCAAAAGCAUAAAACAAUAUCAGUACACAUUAGAUUAGAAAACUUUUUCCCGUGAAUGGUUCUACAAAGCUAUGCAUCUUAGACCUCUUGAGCUGUGGAUUAGCACCAUUUUCUAGAGCUACUCAAUCUCUUGAUAGUUUUAUAAUUUCCAUAUUCUUUUUUAGUAUGUACAGGUGUUAAUUCAUUAGUCAUUUCCCGGAAUUGGACAUUUUAUUCUUUGGUUUAAAUAUGGAAGCAUCUAAUUAAAAUAAUUGCUCAGUAGCAGCUUAAAAAUAAAAUUAUCAAAUUGUAUGUCACAUCUUCAAGAGCGUGGUCAUUAAGCAGCUGUUUUUGAAGUUCCUCCCCCACUUACUUUGAAACGUUUGGGGUUUGUAAGGGCUUUAUAUUUCAUCUGUCCUUACUGUUUUCAAAGGAGCGAGGCAUUUAGGUAGCUGGGCAUCUGUAGGAAGGUCGGUUUUGAACAUAGACAAGGUGGGUUGCUUAAGAUGUGAUUGAACGCUUCCAGAAUGCCAUGUGAAGAAUGUCUGUGAAUCCAGGUGUGGGUCCUGCCCAGUACCGUAGACGGACCGGGUCUUCUCUGUGUAGGUCACCAGUACGUAGUCAUUUCAAUUCUGAAUCUCACAUUAAAUUAUUUGAGUGUAUACAGACCUAAAUUUUAAAAAUUUGUAUAUAUAUUAUUUUGAUGUAUUGAUAAAUAUUGCUGAUUUAAAUUUUAUUUAUGCACAUACUUAAAGGACAGAAAUGUCUGGGAAAGGUAAUGGUUAAAUAAUGAUAUGUAACUUUUUAACUUUUUAAAUAAAUAACAAGAUUUUUAAUGUAUAUCUCCCUCAGGGUUGUUUAAAGUUUGUUUUGUUUUUUCUCCUUCCCUCCAGUAUAAAUAGUGGUAACUCUAUGUUUUGUAUCUUCUAGCACCAACUGCUGUAAAGCAAUGCUGCAAAUAAAGCUUGAAAAAAGGUGGCUAAGCCAACAGGAAAUGAAUACUUUUUAUAUUAGUUUUAUAACCCUCAAAUUUGAAAGCUUCCCAAGUUGCACUGGCGUUUAAAUAAAACUGUUGCAGUUUUUACUCUUUUUGUUUCAUUUUCCGUGUAUGGACGUGCUGCACAGUUUUCAAAGCAUGGUAAAUAAUAUAUCAUGAUGUUUAUGUGGCCUGUCCAAAAACAGUUACAGAUACGGCAUCCAGAGAAGAGCCACAGCCACGCUUUAGGAAGCAUGCUGAGAUUAGAGGCAUGCAAUUUUGACACAUCUAAAAAUCCUUUUUUGUGUGUGUAUUUACUGUGGGAGGUGGUUGGGGACUUCUAAAAAAUAAGAGGGAUGUUAAUUUUUGUAUAGUCUGUGGGCAUACACCUAUUUUUAAUGUAAUAAAAUUUGGUAAUUAUGUGCACAUUUAAUGAAUAAAAGAGCAACUUCUUUCUGUUAUGAUUUGUGAAUUCCCUAAGACCAUGGGUUUUUUUAAGUAACUUUAUAUCAGAAAUGAUACUGCAUCUUUAUAUUUUUUAAAGUGUAUUGCUGCUCAAGAAUGGUACCCUGUUGUCAAAAAGGCAUACAUUCAUAAUUGUACAUUCAACCCUGUAAAUAACCGUAUGAAAUCUUUUUUUGAUUGAAGCUAUUCAAAAUAAAAGUUUAAAUGAAUGAAAAACAGUUUGUUUUUUUUUUUCCCUGACUUCAUACAUUUGUUUGCCUUUUACUUAUGUGAAUGUUGCCAUCUGGAUUUAUUUUCCUUAUUAAUACUUCCCUAUUUCCUUCUUUUUAAACUUUGGAUUUUUCUAGUAUUUUUUGAUCAUGAUAAGAUACACAUAUAACACGAGUUUGCCAUGUUAACCAUUUUUAAGUGUGCAAUUCGGUGACAUUGAUUACUUUUCCAGUGUCGUACAACCAUCACCACCAUCUGCUUCCAGAGGGCUUCUUUGCCCCAAACAGAAGUUCUGCACCUUCCCCAUUCUCCUACCUCCUUCCAGCCCCUGGUAACCUCUAAUCUACUGUAUGGCUCUAUGAAUUUGCCUAUUCUCAAUAUUUCAUGUGAGUGGACUUAUACAAUAUUUGUCCCUUUGUGACUGGCUUCAAGUUUUCAAGUCUCAUUUAUGGUGUGGCAUGGAUCAGUCCUUCCAUCCUUUUUAUGGCUGAACAAUUCUCCAUUCUGUGUGUAUACCACAUUUUGUUUACUCAUUCGUCUGUUGGUAGACACUUGGGUUGUUUCCACCUUUGGGCUAUGGUGAAUAAUAAUGCUGUGAGCACUGGCGUACAAGCAUCUGAGUCCUUGUCUUCAAUUCCUUUUGAUAUAUAUCGGAAACCCUGGUUGCAUAGUGGUUAAGAGCUACGGCUGCUAACCAAAAGGCCGGCAGUUCGAAUCCACCAGGCGCUCCUUGGAAACCCUGUGAGGCAGUUCUACUCUGGCCUGUAGGGUUGCUGUGAGUCAGAAUUGAUAUAUAUCUAGAAGUGGAAUUGCUGAGUCAUGCGAUAAUUCUGUGUUUAACUUUUUGAGGAACUGCCAAACUUUUCUUCAGUGGCUAUACCAUUUUACUUCCCACCAGCAAUGUACAAAGGCUAUCAGUUGCUCCACAUCCUUGCCAGCAGUUUCUUUUCCAUUUUUGUGGUUUUUUAUAGCCAUCCUACUGGGUGUGAAGUGGUAUCUCAUUGUGGUUUCGCUUUGCAUUUUCGUAAUGACCAAUGACAUUGCGCAUCUUUUCAUGUGCUUCCUGGCCAUUUUUAUGUCUUCUUUGGAGAAAUGUUUAUUCAAAAUGUCUACUCAAGUCCUUUGCCCGUUUUCUUUUAAUUGGAGUGUGUUUGUUUUUGUUGUUGAGUUGUAGGAGUUCUUUAUAUAUUCUGGAUAUUAAUAUCACAUGUAUGAUUUGCAAUUAUUUUCAACCAUUCUGUGGGUUGUCUUUUCAUUCUCUUGGUAUUGUCCUUUGCUCGUGAUACCAUUGAAAUUUCAUGUGUUUUUGGAUGGAUUUUUCCAUUUCUACAAAAAAAAAAAAAACCCAUUGCAAUUUUGCUAGAGAUUGCAUUGAAUCUGUAUAUCAUUUUGGGUAGUAUUGUUAUCUUAACAAUACUGAGUCUUAACAAUCAAUGAACAUGGCAUGUUUUCACUUAGUUAGGUCUUCUUUAAUUUCUUCCAGCAAUUUUUUAUAGUUUUUAGCCUACAAGCCUUAGUCUUCCUUAGCUAAAUCUAUUCCUAAGUAUUCUUUUUGCUGCUAUUGUAAAAGGAAUUGUUUUCUUGGUUUCCUUUUUGGGUUGUUUAUUGCUACUGUAUGGAAAUACACUAUACAGUUUUUGUGUGUUGAAUUAGUUUAACUCCAAGGUUUUUUUGUUUUUUCCUUUUGUGUGUGUGUGGAUUCUUUAGGGUUUUCUAGAUAUAAGAUCAUGUCAUCUGUGAAUGGAAAUAGUUUUCUUCCUUUCCAAUCUGGUUAUCUUUUAUUUCUCUUGCCUAGUUGCUCUGGCUAGAACUUCUAAUACAGUAUUGAAUAGAAGUGGAGAAAGUGAGUAUCCUUGUCUUGUUCCUGAUCGUAGGACAAAAGCUUUCAGCAUCACCAUGAUGUUAGCUGUGGGUUUUUCAUGUAUGGCCUUUGUCAUGUUGAAGUUCUAUUCCUAGUUUAUUGAGGGCGUUGGAUUUUGUCAGAUGUUUUUUCUGCAUCAAGACGAUCAUGGGGGCUUUUUCCCUUCAUUGUAUUAACUUUCUAAUGUUGAACCACCCUUGUAUUCCUGGUAUAAAUCUCACUUGAUCAUGAUGUAUAAUCCUUUUUAUAUGCUGCUGAAUUUGGUUUGUUAGUAUUUUGUUGAGGAUUUUUUGCAUCUAUAUUCACAAGUGAUAUUGGCCUGUAGUUUUCUUAUAGUGUCUUUGUUGGCUUCAGUAACUUUGGAUUUUUAAAGGAAAUAAAGUACAACAUUCCACAUAUUGCAUCCUGUCCAUGACCAUCCCAUGGAAACCUAUCAGCCUGACACAGGGUAGAGCCAGUUUUCAGUGGUAGGAGCUGUGAGCCGGAGACCUGGUGGUGCAGUGGUAAAGAGCUCAGCUGCCCGCCAAAAGGUGGGCAGUUCAAAUCCACCAGCUGCUCCUUGGAAAACCCUAUUUGGCAAUUCCACCCUAUUCUAUAAGGUCGCUAUGAGUCGCAGUCAGCUGGACAGCAACAGGUUUGGUUUUGAUGUUUUAGCUAUGAGGGAAGUGGUGAAAUACAGGACUAGAGACUUAUAAUCGAGUAAUAGUUGGUAGGAUCGAACCAAAAGCUAAUAGCAAGACGUAAGUUUGAAAUGAAGUGCCUUUGAUAGAUAUGGGUACAAAAAGAGUAUUCCAAGAAGAGAGAAACAGUGGAGCUAACUAAUGGCACUGAGGGAAGGCAGACUUUGUGUUGGACCGUUGUGCUUAGGUAGGGGGUAUUUGUAGGGUAUCACAAGUUCUACAGGAGGCGGGUAUCCUUUGGUAUGGGGGCAAGGUGGGUGGCUGUGGUGUGAUGGACUAGGUGGUGCACAGGCCUGGUUUGAGCUCAAGUUCUUACAAGUCACUGUGGUUUGUGCAGCAUCUGAUCACGUCCUCAUAGCCUGCUGGUGUGGGCACAGCUCUGCAUGUUUCGCCUUCCGCUUCCCUACAUCACAGGUGCUGUAUUCUGAAUGUAUAUUGCAGGAAGGGGCCGAGGCAGUUCUAGGAGCUUGAGUUAAACUCUCCCUUUUAAACGUUGGGAUUGUGGUGACUCUGUUAGUGCAGAGAUGCCUGCUGUGCCCUGGCCUUUGAGUCCCCCUUCCCCCAGUGGAGGAAAAAAAGCCUAUCUCAUCCCGGCAGACGCCCGCUUGUGAAUGACCAAGCCUUAGAUUGGGGCUCUGUGACUUACACAGCAGCUAUCGCUUGAGGACAACAGAUUUCUAACCUGUUUCAUGAAUCCAAAGGACUUGAAACGCUGGAGCCAUCUACUUCAUUGCUCAAGAUUGUUCUCAGUACCUAAUUGCUCAGUGGUGGCUUAACAGUGGUCCACCGCUCUCUGCAACUUCUAUACCCUCCCCUUUCCCUUUCUGGGCACUCAGAAGGCCCAGCUCUCUUCAAAGAACAAAGCUGGGAUGCCGCUCUGACGGAGGGUCUUGCUGGGGAACUAGGCCAAAGGAGCUUUAUCGGAAUUUGACCAAGUCUUACUCCGUUUCAUAGUCCUUCCCAGCCUGCUGUACGGUGUUGGCUCCUGGUAUUCUCACGGGCAAGAGGUCUUUCACUUGGUGUGCUUAUGUGUGAUUGGCGCACCAGAUCACCUGCUCUGGGCUGUGGUGUUGCCUCCUUGAUCAGAACUAAGAGACCUCCCACAAUACCUGGUAGAGGCUCUUCUCUGCAGUUUAGGACUGCACAACUUAUAAUGAUCAUUUCCAUCAGCUCAACAUUUAUUGGGCUCUGACUGCAUUUGGCUGUAUCAAAGGUUGGCUGGAUCCCAGUGCUGUUUCUACAACACCUGCAAAUGUCCUGGGUUUGGGGACUUCGUUCUCAGCCAAGUUAAAAUUAUAUAAGGACCACUUCUGCUGUAUCAGUGCACUCAGUUAUUCCAAAGGUGAGUAUUUAUUCUUUUGCAAGUCAAGCUUUGACCUUCCUUCCCCAGCCCUGGUGGCACAGUGGUUAAGAGCUCAGGCUGCUAACCAAGAGGCCCGCAGUUGGAACCCACCAGCCACUCCUCGGAAACCCUGUGGGGCAGUUCUGCUCUGUCCUAUAGGGUUGCUGUGAGUUGGAAUUGGCUCAACAACAAUGGGUUUGGUGUUGUUUUUUUAAAUACUGUAUUCUUACCUGACAUUUUACUUAUAUGCUGUCAUUUUAUUUUCCCGUCUAAAUCACUUUUAUUUUUGCAUUCCAUUAAAAAAAAUAAUACAUGUUUUUUUUUUUUUUUAUUCAAACCUUAUAAAAGUAUACAAGGAGUCUACCUAUUCCUCACCCAAUCCCAGAUUUCUCUCUUGAGGGCGAAUGCUAAAGUUUCUUGGGUGUGUCAUUCCAGAAAAAAAAUCUGUAGAAGUCCUUACAUGAGUAUGUUUUUAAAAACGCUACCGAAGUAAGGGUCCGUUUUAGGUGCGACACUGCCCUUGCCUUAGGCCCUUCAGUACAUCUUAGAAAUUGUUAACGUCAGCACUUGCAACUCAGCUUUUUUCUUUUUAAAGUCUGCAAAGCCUCCCAUUGCUCAGACGUUCUGUAAUAUAAACAACUAAUUCCCUAUUGUUGGUCAUUUAGGUUUUCAAUUUUUUCUGUUGCAAGCAGUACUGUAAUAAACGUUUUUGUGCCCCCCCUUUUUUAUUGUGUUUAAGUGAAAGUUUACAAAUCAAUCCUCGCUAUAUACUCCUAGCUGCUCUCCCCCAAUGAGACAGCACACUCCUCCUCUCCACCCUGUAUUCCCUGUGUCCAUUCAGCCAGCUCCUGUCCCUCUCUGCCUUCUCUCGCCUCUAGAGAUUGUGCCCAUAUCUUAAUGAAUAUAUCCAGAGGGUAUAUUUUUAGCAGUGGAACUGCCGGACAAAGGGUAUGUGCAUUUUAAGUUUCACUGAUACUACUAGAUUUUCUUCCAGAAGGCUUGCACCGAUUUAUAUUUGCACUAAUGUAACAUGAGAAUGCUUAUUUCCUCACAAUGAAUAGAACACUAGAUACUAUCAGGCUUUAAACAUUAAAAGGUUAUGUCAAUGUGGUGUAGGUGCAGGGAUGGUCAAAUAGAGCCCAGAAACAGGCCCACACAUUCAUGAGAUGCUGAUUUAUGACUCUGCUAACUUUGCAGCUCAGUGGAGGAAGAAGGAAUUUAUAUAUUUACUUUCUUAAUAAAUGGGGCCCAGACAGCUGAUUAUCCUAAUGGAGAGAAAUACGAUUGGACUCUUGACUCACAUGAUGUACAAAAAUCAAUUCCUAGGUGAAUUAAAGACCUAAACGCUAAGAACAGAAAACUAUAAAACCUAAUGGGGCAAUAUAGGAGAACAUUUCUGACAUGGCAGGAGGGAAGGAAUUAAAUUAAUAGGCAGAAAAAGUGCAAAUCAUAAAAGUGAUAGCUUUGCCUAUAUUAAAACUUCUCUCCAUCAAAAGACACCAUAAAAAAAGUGAAAAGACAAACCACAAAUUGGGAGAACGUAUUUGUAACAUUUGUAACUGACAAAGGGUUAGUAGCCAGAAUAUAUAAAGAAUGCCUACAAAUCUUUUUUUUUUUUUUUUAAGAUACAGGCAUAGGUGUUUUGAUGAUAAAAAAUAGGCAAAAGAAAACUUAUUUCUCAAAAGAUGAAGCAUAGGUGGUCCUUAAAUAUGUGAACCAACCAAGCCAAACCCAUUACUAUAGAAUUGAUUCUGACUCAUAGCGGCCCUAUAGGACAGAGUAGAACUGCCUCAUAGGAUUUCCAAGGCUGUAAAUCUUUAUGGAAACAGACUGCCACGUUUUUCUCCCACAGAAGGUUGGUUAGUGGGUUCGAACCACCGACCUUUCUGUUAACAGCUGAAAGCUUAGCCAUUAUGCCACCAGGGCACCUUCAAAUACGUGAAGAGGUGCUCAAACUCAUCAUUAAAUGGGGAAAUGAACAAUGAAAACCAUUUCAUACCAGAAUGGCAAAAAUCAAAUUGAAAAGCUCAUCAAAUACCGACUGUGGGAAAGGGUAUGAAACACAGGAACUCACGUACAUGGCGGGUAGCAGCAUAAGUCGGUACAACCGCUUUGGAAAGAGAUUGAUGUGGCCAAGUGAAAUCGAACAUGCACACACCCUUCAGCCUAGCAAUGCCACUAUUCAACAUGCCCAAGUAUGUUCUCAGCAUUAUUUUUCUUAAAAGGAAAAAAAAAAAAAAACAAGUGGAGAACUGGGGAAAUGCGGCAUAAAAAGGAAGACCCAAAGGAAGCGUGGCCCAUGUAGGAGUAUGGCUGCCGCCAUGAUCCAAACGCAUCGCUUGGCUUUUCUAGGACCACAGUUACAGUGAGCCCUUUAUGGAAAAACCCUCUCCCUCCUCCUAUUCUGUCAGUGUUGACAGUGGGACUCAGGUUAUAUCUCCUUUUCAUUUUGCAAGUAUUCGUCAUUAAAAACCAGGAUAUGCCCUCAGAGAUAAGAGGCCUUUCCAUGACUUUUAUUCUGGUAAAGUCUUUAUCCUCAGGAUGCAAGGCUACCUCCCUCUUCCUCUGGAAAGUGCCAAAUCAUAUGCAAAACUCCGAGCCUUUCUGUUGCAUUGGGGUGCAGCACUGUUUCAGGUAAGGCCAAAUAUUUUUUAAAAUUAGGAUAGGAAAUUGGAGGACGAGGUGAAUUCUGUGUGCAUAAGAACAAAAUUAUAGGCAAUAAUUGUGCAUAAUUAUGCUUGGGAAACAUUGUUCUGGUAGAUUGGAAUUACUGUGUAUACUUCACAGGUAAUUCAAUGCCAUGAGUAUAAAGUUUCAUUAAACAUCUCAGAAAUUUUUUGUUAUUUUAUGGCUCAGUCAGAAACACCACCCCCUAGUUCUAGCUGUGUGACCGUGGGUAAAUUACUUAACCUUUCUGUACCUGUUUCCUCCUCUGUGAAUUGGGGAUAAUAAUAGUACUUAACUUCACAGGGUUCUUGUAAGCAUUAAGUGAAUUAAUAAUAUAAAAGUGCUGAGAACAAUGUAUGGCAUAAAGUGAUAAGUAUUAUUACCCGCUCUUCUCAGCUUGGAGCCCUGGCGGCGCAGUGGUUAAGAGCUCAGCAGCUAACGAAGGUUGCCAGUUCGAAUCCACCAGCUGCUCCUUGGAAGUCCUAUGGGGGUGGUUCUACUCUGCCCUAUAGGGUCACUAUGAGUUGGAAUUGGCAAGGUUUCCCGCCCCCCGCCCCCCAGCUUGGCCAGUUAACUGAGGGUGUUCACUGUUUUGGGGUGUUGACUGUUUUUGCUGAAGUUGGUGCUGCAGAAAUAGCACUAUUGUAAUAAACAGAAUCUGGCUGUGGUGUCUGCUGUUUUAACGGACUUUGCUCUUCCCUCCACGGCUUGGCUAUAGCCAACUCUGAGCUGUUUUCACAGUGGGCACUGCUUCGUGAUGUCUGUGAACUUAAAUGUGAGAAUGAUUAUUUUAAAUAAUGGGGUCACUAUGAGUCGGAAUCGGCUGGAGGGCAAUGGUUUGGGACUUCAGGUAAAGCCUUGACCUAUGUUUAAAAGUAUUGGUUAAAGCGAAGGACUGCUAACGGAAAGGUUGGUUCGAAACCACCAGUGAGAAAGAUGGCGGCAGUCUGCUUCCCUAAAGAUUUACAGCCUUGGAAACCUUACGGGGUCGCUAUGAGUCUGAAUCGACUUGACGGCAGUGGGCUUUUUUGGUUUAAAAGUAUUGGCUUUUCCAUAGAGUGAAAACACUUUUAUUUCAAUGCUUGAAAAUCCACAAAAGAAUGAGACCUCAUAGUGUAGAACGCAUGUCUUUUCACCACCCCGGGAAAUCUACACGCAGAAGAAAAGGGGGAGGCUUAUUAUCUGUGUUUGGACAACAAAGUUAGUGAUAAUCCUGGUGAAACGGUUGUGCCUCUGCAAAAUUUUCAGGCUUACAAGAGCCAGUAUGUGCUUAAACGCCCUUGUCCGCUGCCUUUUCAGACAUGCUGAGGACGAGCCUGCUGUGCGUGAUGCUCGGGCUCCUACCGGCCCAGCCCGUCCCCUGCCCACCAGGCUGCUUGUGUGUCCUCCGGGACGCCGUGCGGUGCUCCGGGGGCAGCGUGGCGCGCAUCUCCACGCUCGGCCUCCCCACCAACCUCACGCACAUUCUGCUCUUCGGCAUGGACCGCGGCGCCUUGCAGAACGACAGUUUCAGCGGCAUGACGGUCCUGCAGCGCCUGAUGUUCUCAGACAGCCACAUUUCCAACAUUGCCCCCGGCACCUUCAACGACUUGAUAAAACUAAAAACCCUGCGGUUGUCGCGCAACAGAAUCACUCAUCUUCCGGGUGCGCUAUUGGAUAAGAUGGUGCUCCUGGAACAGUUGUUUCUGGACCACAAUGCGCUAAGGAGCAUUGACCAAAAUAUGUUUCAGAAGCUGGUUAACCUCCAGGAACUCUUUCUGAACCAGAAUCAACUAGCUUUUCUUCCUGUCCGUCUCUUCACAAAUCUGGGGAAACUGAAAGUGUUGGAUUUAUCGGGAAACACUUUGACCCACUUGUCCAAGGGGUUACUUGGAACACAGGCUAAGCUUGAGAAACUCCUGCUCCACUCGAACCAGCUGACCUCUCUGGAUUCGGGGCUGUUGGAUAGCUUGGGCGCCCUGGUGGAGCUGCAGCUCGACAGAAAUCGCAUCCGAUCCAUCGCACAGGGUGCUUUCGACGAUCUUGGAAAUCUGAGCUCUUUGACCCUUUCCAGAAACCACCUCAAGAGUCUGCCCUCUGCCCUCUUUCUUCACGCGCACAAUUUGACUCUCUUGACCCUGUUUGAGAACCCGCUGGAGGAGCUCCCCGAGGUGCUCUUUGGGGAGAUGGCCGGCCUGCAGGAGAUGUGGCUGAACCGAACCCGGCUCCGCACUCUGCCGGCCGCCGUCUUCCGCAACCUGAGCGGCCUGCAGGCCUUAGGAGUGACUCGGAGCCCGCUCCUGAGCGCGCUCCCCGAGGGAGCCUUCCGGGGCCUCGGCGAGCUGCGGCUGCUCGCCCUGCACAACAACCGGCUGCAGACGCUGCCCCGCGCGCUCUUCCGCAACCUCAGCCGCUUGGAGAAGGUCCAGCUCGACCACAACGAGUUGGAGACCCUGCCUGGCGACGUAUUUAGGGCUCUGCCCCAGCUGACGGAGGUCCUGCUAGGGCACAAUCCGUGGCGCUGCGACUGUGACCUGUGGCCAUUCCUGGGGUGGCUGCGGCAGCACUCAGACCUUGUGGGCCGAGCCGAGCCCCCGCGGUGUCGCUGGCCUGGGCAGCGCGCGGGCCUGCCGCUCUGGGCCCUGCCGGAGGGUGCACCGGAGUGCUCAGGCACCCAGGGGCCGCCUCUCCAUCCUCCUGCGGAGGACGCCUCGGAAGUCCUCACCGACUCGGCCCUGCCCAGUGGCUCUCUGCUCUCCGCCCACUCUGCUUGGGUGCCUAACAGCUCAGAACCCUGGGCGUGGGCCCAACUGGUGGCCAGGGGCAAACGGGAAGACCAUAGCUUGUUCUGGGGUCUUUAUUUUCUGCUUUUAGCCAUCCAGGCCAUAAUAACUGGGGUCAUUGUGUUUGCUAUGAUUAAAAUCGGCAUACUCUUCAAAAACUUACUCAGAGAGAGGGUUAUUGUUUGAGUCAAUGGGGAAACCUUACAAUUAUAUAAAGGCAGCUCUGGGAAGAAUCCAGACAGGCUGCUUGCUACUACGGCUGUGGUCUUCCUGUCCUUCCUCCCCCUCUCCCUGCUCCUUCUCCCCUUCCUUUUUCUCCUCGUCCUCCUCCUUGUUUCCCUUCUCCUCCUGUCCCUUCUCCGAUCCCCUUCUUCUCUCCCUCCCCAUCUUGCUUUCAUCCCCCAAUUCCCUCAGCCCUGUCUCGCCUCUUCCCUGCCCCCAACUAACCUUUACUGUUUGUAAACCCCUGACGCUCGUUUCUGCCUGCUCCUCUGUUGGGCUCCUGGGGGAACGGACUGUGUCUGGCCCACCCUGUGCCCACUGGGCCGGUGGGAAGGGGAUGUGUCUGGUGUGUGUAGCCAAUGAAAGAACCCACUCCAAGGUGGGGCUAGCUCAUGGACAUCUCAUGUUUGUGAGAUGAAUGAAUCAAUAAAAAAAAAAUCAACAUAUGUGACCCAAGUGACGAUGGUUUUUCCUGGGGGGAAAGGAUAAAUUGUUCUGUAUCUACUUUUAUUUGAAAGGGAGCUAACACAUUCUUUGAGUUGCUCUCUCUUGUCCUGUUUUUCUCACUUUCUGUGUCUGACCAGUGGGCUGUUUGGAGGAACUCAGCAUUGCAUUCAUUCAGGGUAGGCCUUGUCUGUGACCAGCCAUCCCUCCAGGAGCUCAGGACCCAGUGGCGUCACUGCCAGCUGUCAGGGCUGGGCACCAGGGCAGCACUAAGGAGCAGCCACCUGAGAGCCAUGGAACAGAACACAGCGAAGAACUGAACCAACUGAAAACACUGAGCAGCGCGCGCACGCACACACCGACUCCUCAUAAGUGGAGCCUUCUAUGAGCUUCUGCUGGCUUUCUACAUGGGGGAAACGUGUCAUUUGACACUGGGUUGGCUUUCAUUUCCUGGAAGUAAACGCCACCUCAUUUCACGAGCAUUAAUGGAGCACCUAACGUGAAUAUAAUGAUAACCUUCUAGUUCAUUACACCUGGCACAAGUUCUCAUUUAUUCUUCACACUGAGAGCGGUAACGCCCUUGUUGCUUUAGCUGAAUGUAUGUGCUUAUGAGAGGCAUUGGCUGAAGACCUGGGCUGGAGAGUUGACGUCCUGGGUUCCAAUCCCAGCUCCACCCCUUACUAACUGCAGAUG